UGUGUCUCUCUCUCUCUCUCUCUAUCUCUCUCUCUGUCUCUCAUCACUCCAGGCGCUCGCUAAAAUAUUAAUGAACUUGAGCUUUGGCUGUUUUUUCUGUUCGACCAGCAGCUGCCCAAUGAACAAUAACAUCUCUCCUCACUUGUCUCUCUUACACACACACACACACACACACACAGCUCACUGCACUGUUCUGUGUCUUUUUACAUCCAAAUGCUGCUCUUUGUACAAAACCUUGCAAAAAAUGCAAAUUAGAGGAUGAAAUACAAUUCUAAAUCAAAAAUAAAUUACAGUGUGUGUGUGUUUUAGCAGGAUGUCUGUGCUGCCGUUGUUGCUGUCGUUUGCCUUGACGUCACAGUCCACAUCCUCUAACAGCACCUUUACCUGCCCCACACACUGCACAUGUCACCUGGAGCUCAAGUUCUCCUCCUGCGCCACCGCCAAUCUGAGCGAUCUGCCCUCCGUCAUCCCUCCUUUCACGGAGCACCUCAAUCUGUCGUUCAAUCACUUGGUGUUCAUCAGGGCCCAGGCUUUUCAGGACGUGCGGCGUCUACACACGCUGCUCCUGAAUGACAACAGGAUCAGUAACCUGACCGACGGUGCCUUUGAGCCUCUCGACUUCCUCCUGAGACUCGAUCUGAGCCGCAAUCGCAUCUCCACGCUCUCAGAAGGGUUCUCGUCAGGUUUGGUUUCUCUGCGUGAGCUCUCUCUGGCCCAGAACCAGCUCUCGAGCCUAAACGAACACUAUUUUUCGCACCUUGACUCCAUACGGAAGCUCGACCUGCGCCACAACUCCAUCAGCCACAUCCACGUGAGGGCCUUCAGCUCUCUCAGCACUUUACGCCGUGUGUUCCUGGACCACAAUAAGAUCAGCACUCUUACAAACCGAGUUUUCUCCAUGAUGAGGAACCUGGAGGAGCUUGGGCUGAGCGGUAACAGCAUUCAGAAUCUGGAAGUCGGCAUCCUUUCUCCGCUAAUUAGCCUAGCCUUGCUAAAUUUAACCUUUAAUAAUCUAACACACAUGGACUUCAAGGGGUUCCUCAGCCUGUACACGAGCAGCACGCACAUUCACCUCCGUGGGAACCCUUGGACCUGCGAUUGCGACUUGCAGCGAGUUUUCCGGAAAGUUCACAGCGUCCACAGGCUGCAGCUGGAUGACUACAACAACCUGAGCUGCUAUCUGCCCGAGGAGCUGCGUGAUUACCCACUGAGGGACGUGGACAACGAGUUGUGCUUCGCUGAAACGGUCACCGUGCUCAUCAUCACCGUCACCGUGAUGAUCACCGUGGUGGCCGCCAUCAUCAUGGCUGAGAAAAAGAGGAAGAAGAAACAAAGGGAAGCACUGGACCGAGGUCGGUGAGAUCUCGACCGAAUCGCAGAACUGACCCGGAACACGCUGGACGCUGGAGAUUUUAAACAUUUUCACCAAACAUGAUCCCAUGACCUGUGCAUGAUCCACAGAUACCUCCAUCUACUGCAGUAACCUCUGAAAUGUUUAAAUUUAGUUCCUAAAUUUCUUCCCUCGCUCUUUUGACAUGUUUGAGUCACCUGAGCAGUUUGUUUUGAUUUAUUUAAUGGAUUUUGAGUCUUUUUUUGCGACUAAUUAGUGUAGCAGCUUACGUGAUCACCAGAAGUGUUCAUUUAUUAAAGUGAGAUCAGCUCUCAUGUACAGAUCAGGGAUUUGUAGGAAUAAAGUCCAGAUGUAGCAGUUUGUUGUUAUUUAUAUUAUUUAUUUGAUUAAAAAUGAUUUAUUUAUGAUUUGUUGUGAUGUUCAUAUGGAGACUGCAUCAGCCCACAGUGACCUCUGGGUCAGUUCUGGUGCUGAGGUCUACAGUACAGUGGAAGCUCCUCAGUGUGAUGAUGUGGAUGUGAAGUGGAGAGGUGUGAGCUGAGGACUGGGUUCCUGCAAACACACAGAACUGUCCAGUUCCCGGUCAGGAUCAUUUGGGAACGCUGUAGCUCCUCGUGUCUAACUGUCUCAGGUCUGCCUUACAUUCUGCAUGAAAUAUGUAUUUUCAUAACUACCUGAAAUGAGAUGAUGUUUAUAAUGCACUUAAAUAUUAAGUUGUGCUGUUUUUGUUGAGAUGAGAUUGAUCGACUUAUUGACCUGUUUAUCUACACAGGUGUAAAAUGUAAAUAAAUAUUUAUCUGAUUGUAAUCUGUAUUGGUGUUACUGGAAAUAAAUAUUUUUAAAGAUGUUUCCACGGUGGAGCUUUGUUAUGUUUGUUGGAUUAGGUUUCAUCGAUGAUGGGCAUGAUACUGAAGAGAGGAACCGGCAUGUGGGCGGGGCUUCAAACGUGAACGUAAAAGAAAAAACACGGAAGUAGCUGGUGGGAGGGGCUUAAUGUGUCCUUAAACUAAAAAUAUAUUAAUUGAAACAAACUUAGCAGUUGGACUAUUAAAAAACAAAUUUAGGAGAGAAACAUAUAUAUAUAUACAUAUAUGUGUGUGUUUAAUAAAAUGUA